AUGUCUGGCAUUUCACGAGUUGGCAAACUAUUACUACCACGUACUGCUUUAUUGUUAUGUGACAUACAGGAAAAAUUUCGUCCAACUAUUAGUCAUUUUGAUGCAAUUGUCGAAACGUCUAGUCGGAUGUUAACAGCUGCUCGAAUGCUAGGAAUGUGCAUUGUAGUCACUGAAAUGUACCCUAAAGGCUUAGGUCCUACUGUCAAAGAGUUAGGAGAUUUAAGUGGUAUUCCCAUCAUUUCAAAGAGAUCAUUUUCUAUGCUAACAGAUGAAGUAGCCAAUGUUUUGGAUCUGGGAAAACAAAUCAAUUCUGUUUUAUUAUGUGGUAUUGAGACACAUGUUUGUGUUCAGUCAACUGCAUUAGAUUUAAUUGAACGGGGAAUACAAGUUCAUUGUAUUGUAGAUGCUGUAUCUUCACGAAAUAUGGUUGAUAGAAUGUUCGGAUUUCAACGAAUGAGUCAAUCAGGUGUCUAUUUGACUACAUGUGAAUCAGCUUUAUUAACUAUACUCUGUGGUUCUGAUCAUCCUCAAUUUCGUGAUGUUCAAAAGAUUAUUUUAAAGCCUAGCCCGGAUAGCGGUUUAUUAACUGAAUUCAAUACACCAAAAAUUAGCUAAAUACUUAAAAGUGAAUCUGUUUUUCAUACAUCUCUAUACAAUUUUGUUCUAUAUUUUUCA